AUGACAUUUGUAGAAAUUAAAGACUAUGAAAUUGCUACGUUGGUAGAAAGGGUAAUUAAAUUACAAGAGUCCCGUAGUGCGAACGAGCGAGCAAUUAUCACUAUUGCUGGUGUACCUGGUUCAGGCAAAUCAACAAUUAGCCAAAAGGUUUGUUCUGAAGUCAACAAGCGAAUCGGAAGAAAAACUGUCGCUGUUCUUGGACAGGAUGGUUUUCAUUACUACCGCUCCCAGUUGAAAAUAAUGGAAGAUCCCGAGGAGGCAUUUGACAGAAGAGGUGCUCCUUUUACUUUCAAUAGUGAGUUAUUACUUAAACUAACUAAUGAAAUUAAAAGGAAUACUUAUGAAGUAAUUUAUGCUCCAAGUUUUGAUCAUAAAGAUAAGGAUCCAAUUGAGAACUCGAUAGAGAUAACUCCAGAAAUAAGAGUUAUCCUCUUAGAAGGGAACUAUGUUCAUUUGAACGAGGGCAACUGGAGGGAAAUUUGUUCCUUGUCCGAUGAAAGAUGGUUGGUUGCAGUUGACUUGGAUGUUAUUGUUGAUCGGUUGAUUAAAAGACAUCUUGAAGCUGGCAUUUGUAGCUCGAUAGUUGAUUCUAAACGAAGAGUUGAAAACAAUGAUUUGAAGAAUGCCCAAUAUGUGGUUAGUCACUCCAUUACUCCUGAUAUAGUUAUUAGAACUAGUGUAAAUUUAUAG